GGGUCAUCGGACCCUAUGAGACGGCAUAGAUCCCAUCUGCCUGAUGGAUCGUCUGGGUCGUGGAAUUCCUGCUCAUGACUACGCCACUGUCCUGUUGAGACUCCGCCCACUGUUGAGACUCCGCCCACUCCUCCUCCCCACCGCCAUCUGCCUGAUGGAUCGUGGAGGUCUCCAUCGUGGAAUAUGCCUACUAUGAACUAUUCAUACACUCUGUCAUAUUCAUUGAAUGUAUUUUAACUCUAAAUCUGUCCUUCUGUACACAUUACAUCUAUUGCAUCUGUCCAUCCUGGAGAGGGAUCCUCCUCUGUUGCUCUCCUCCAGGUUUCUUCCCUUUUUUUUCCCCCUGAAGGGUUAUUUGGGAGUUUUUCCUGGUCCGAUGUGAGGUUUUGGGGCAGGGAUGUCUAUGUGUACAGAUUGUAAAGCACUCCGAGACAAAUUUGUAAUUUGUGAAAUUGGGCUAUACAAAUAAACUGAAUUGAAUUGAAUAUGUUUAUUCAUUCUUCUAAUGGUGAAGGACAUCUGGUGAACUUUGUUUUAGGUUCAUACAUUUAUCCCAAAGGUCUUUUUCUUCUGUUUGUACAGAAGCCCACUGGAAUAUGCCUACUACGAACUAUUGAUACACUCUGUCAUAUUCAUUGAAUGUGUUUUAACUCUAAUCUGUCCUUCUGUCCACAUGACAUCUAUUGCUUCUGUCCAUCUUGGAGAGGGAUCCUCCUCUGUUGCUCUCCUGAAGGUUUCUUCCCUUUUUUUCCCCAUGAAGGGUUGUUUGGGAUUUUUUUCCUGAUCCGAUAUAUCGACACACGUAGUGCAGAUUUGUUUUCAAUUUGUGUUUUGACUUCAUUGCAAUGCAACGUUUGUGAGGUGAGUAGGAGUUUGAGUGGAAGGCUGAGUGCCAAAGGGUUACAAAUACAUGAAUUCCCCAGAGUGGUUCAAAGCAGUGAGUGAGCGAACAAUGAGUACUACUGUUUAUACUACAGGCUCACUCAGGACCCAAAGCCAGCAUUUAAUAAGCUGAAUGAGUGAUGCGAUCUAUGUUUAGUUAAUACACAUUAUUAGGAAGUGGCUGUUUCUUUUCUCUUACAUUUAUCUGAACAUAAAAUCCAUUGAGAAAGUGGUUUAUAAAUAUUAUAUCACACAGGCAGCAGGUGGUUUAUCUGUAUUUUAAUGUUUUCCUCUCCUCAAGCAUCCUUAACCUCUCCUCCUCCCACGCAGACCUCCCAGGAGCUCUUCUCUGCCGGAGGCUUCAUGGACGAGCGCAAGCCGCUUGAUAGUAAAACGGGAGAUGCUGUAAGAGUGACAUUGACGAGAGAAGAUUCAGUGUGUGGGCAACACUGGUUCAUUAUCGGCUGUGUUCUGGAGGGAGAGAGAGGCAUCCACAUGACGGUGUGAGGAGCGUCUUGGACAGGCAGAGCGUCUUCAGGGAGGACAUCCAGGUGAAGACGGAAGGAUCCGGCUCCUCAUGACGGCUUGACACAACUUAAGGCAGAAAAACAGGUUUCUCAAGAGACCUGCCUCCUGGACCAAGUGCUGGAGCUGAUUAUGAAUGAGAAGCCCCCCACCAGUGCCAGUCUUUUCCUAAACGAGGACGCGGAAAGACCCCCAAUUGCAGAGAGAGGAGACUUGCGGAGACGCCUCCGAAAGGCCAUGGAGAGGAAAGCCGGCAGCUUGAAGGAGAGGAUAGGCUCCGUCAGUCGGGAAAACGUCAAAGGUUUCCUCAAGAGGAACCUGUUUGUUCUUUUCACUGUUGCCGCCGUGGCUCUGGGUGUAAUCCUGGGCUUUGCUCUUCGCCCCCACAACCUGUCCCUGAGAGAGAUCAAGUACUUUGCCUUUCCAGGGGAGCUUCUAAUGAGAAUGCUGCAGAUGCUGGUGUUGCCUCUCAUCGUCUCCAGUCUGGUCACAGGUAUUUCCUCCUUGGACAGCAAAGCGUCAGGUAAGAUGGGUAUGCGUGCAGUGGUCUACUACAUGGUGACAACCCUGAUUGCCGUUUUCAUCGGCAUCGUUACCGUGAUAAUCAUCCGGCCGGGCAAAGGCAGCAGGGACAGUCCGGUAACCAACAGCGGGAACAUAGAACCAGUUCAAGCUGCUGAUGCGUUCCUGGAUCUCAUCAGGAACAUGUUUCCUCCCAAUCUGGUCGAGGCUUGUUUCAAGCAGUAUAAAACAGUGUACAAGAAGACCGUGCACACAAGGAACGUGACAGUGACCCUGAACCUCACCGAUUCCCUCAACGUGACAGAGUCUGACCUGAGUGUGAACCUCAGCAGGGUGCUGCACACCAUACAGGAGACAGUGGAGGAGACUGUCCCUGUGUCCGGCUCCUCUAAUGGCGUGAACGCUCUGGGUUUGGUGGUUUUCUCCAUGUGCUUCGGUCUGGUCAUUGGCAGCAUGAAGCAGCAGGGCCAGGCCCUCAGGGACUUCUUCAACAGCCUCAAUGAAGCCAUCAUGAGGCUGGUGUCCAUCAUCAUCUGGUAUGCUCCAGUCGGCAUCCUGUUCCUGAUUGCAGGGAAGAUUGUGGAGAUGAAGAAUCUGGCGGAGGUGGGCGGUCAGCUGGGGAUGUACACCGUGUCGGUCAUUGUGGGUCUCCUCAUUCACGGCCUCUUCGUCCUGCCACUGCUCUACUUCCUGGUGACCAGGAAGAAUCCUUUCAGCUUCAUCAGUGGUCUUCUCCAGGCACUCAUCACUGCUCUGGGAACCUCAUCUAGCUCUGCUACCCUGCCCAUCACUUUCCGCUGUCUGGAGGAGAACAACCGUGUGGAUAAACGAGUGACACGUUUCAUCCUCCCUGUGGGUGCCACCAUCAACAUGGAUGGCACCGCCCUCUACGAGGCUGUGGCAGCCAUCUUUAUUGCCCAAGUCAAUGACAUGGAUCUAAACUUUGGGCAGAUUCUGACCAUCAGUAUCACAGCAACUGCUGCCAGCAUCGGAGCAGCAGGCAUCCCUCAGGCUGGCCUGGUUACCAUGGUGAUCGUAUUGACAUCGGUGGGACUGCCCACGGAGGACAUAACACUGAUCAUCGCUGUGGAUUGGUUCUUGGACCGCUUACGGACCACCACCAAUGUGCUGGGUGACUCCCUCGGGGCGGGAAUUGUGGAGCACCUUUCCCGUGGAGAGCUGCAGAGUCAGGAUGCUGAGAUGCGCAACUCUGUCAUUGAGGAGAAUGAGAAGCCCUACCAGCUCAUCUGCCAGGAGAAUGAUUCACUCAACCACCGCAACAGUGAGACCACAAUGUGAAAACAAGAGCGACACCCUUUAGGGCUCCAUGUACCAGAAGCCUUUAGCUAGAAGGUUGUCUUGCAAUGGUGCAGGGACAGUCUUAGAAACAUGAUAGGUAAGGGUGAGCUCAGCCAGUAUUCGGGGUUCGAAGAUCAUUUUUGCAGUUGCAGUGCAAACUUACAAUCUCUUGUUUCAGCUUAUUGGUGCAACAAUGAAAUUCCGACCCAGAAGUUGCUUCAUGACAGGAAAUACGUGCACGUGCUGUCAGGAACAGUUACAUAUCCAAUCUUUUUGUUUGCUUGGAGUGCCAGUUAGUUAAGAGCAUUUCACUGUUUUUUGUUUUAAUGUGAUGUCAGGAAAGCUUAAUAUGACAAAAAGAGUUUAGAGAAAUAUUUUGAAAGUUUUCAGCUUCAUCGUGUUUUAAAAGAUUUGUAUAAUGUAUCAUCUAUACAGUCAAAGCAGCAUAUACAGGAGAGAUACAGGAGAACAUUCCUGCCGACGGCUAUGAGGCUCUACAACAGUUCACCUCUUGCCAGAUCACCCUAACCCUUCUUAUAUUUUGUGUUUUGUUUUUUUAUUCUUGUGUGUUGCUGCUACUGACUCGACAAAUUUCCCCUUGGGGAUUAAUAAAGUAUAUAUCUAUCUAUCUAUCUAUACUCCUAACUAGACACAGUGUUAGAAUACAAAGUAUUAUUUGAGAGAGAACACCACCGUUCAUAAAAAAGUAAACCAGCUGAUUUUCCACUGUGAAUAUUUCAAUACUUUCUGUUGCAUAACUUA